AUGGACUCCGGCAACAGCGGGAGCCUCCAGUCGUCUAGCGGCGGCGACGACGAGUUCGACUCGCGGGGUGGAGGGGCGUCGACUCCUCCCGCUCUCCGCACUGCUCCGACCGUCUCCGUCUCCGUCCCCUCGGCCGCCGCGUUCUCGCUCCAUGGCUCCUACUUCGGCCUCCAAGAGUUGACGUCCGCGCCGCCUCCGCAGCAGCAGGCGGGUGCCUGGCGCCAGCAGGCUGCUGACACGACCGUGGCGGCAGCGCAGGGCAGGGGCGGCGAUGGGCGGCGCGCCCGCGCCGGCGGCGCAGCCACCGAGGGGUCGCGGAAGCGGACGCGCGCGUCGCGGCGGGCGCCCACGACGGUGCUCACUACCGACACCUCCAACUUCCGCGCCAUGGUGCAGGAGUUCACGGGCAUCCCGUCCCCGCCCUUCGCCGCGGGCGUCGGGGUCGGGGUCGGGGGCCCCGCCGCGUCGCUCCGCACCCGCUUCGACCACAUCUUCCCCCCGCCGUCGUCCUCCCUGCGCUCCGCCGCCGCGGACGCCACGGCCUCGCUGCCGCCGUACCUCCUGCGCCCCUUCCCGCACAAGCUCCCGACGGCCGUGCCCUCCUCCACAGCACCGGCGUCCAACCCUGUCGUCGCGCCGACAGCGGCGGGCGACACCUUCCAGCAGCUGACGUCCUCGGCGCUUCUCCGGCUGCAGCAGGACCCCAGCAGCUACCUCUCCUUCCAGAACCUCCUCGACUCGCAGCCGUCGUCGCAGUCCAUUUUCGGCGCGGCGGCGGGCGGGUUUGGGCAGGCGUCGUCGAGGCUGCACGAUCCAGCGCCGUCGCCAUCGGAUUUCCUGGCCAGCGUCGGCGGCAGCGCCAGCCUCGGCCUCACCCACGGCGGACUCUUGGGCUCCGAGGGCCAGCACUUGCACCACUCAAGGAGCGACGACGUCCACGGCCACGGCGGCGACGAGCUGUCGGGCGUGGUCGCGGCCGGCGCUUCGGGCGGCAGCUGCAAGCUGAACUACUCCUCGCACGCCGCCGGCGCGGCCACCUCGUCAUCGGGCGCGGCCAGCGCCGACAAACCACCGGACGGCGUCGCUGGUGCUGCUGCCGGAAGGCCGGGACGAGGCGAGGGCCUGGAUCCGUGGAUUUGUACAUCGGAGUAG